AUGACUUCUCAAGGGAUACCUGAGGCACUACCUGGCCUCUCGGUUGUGAUUCAUAACCUAUCGAACACUCAGUGGAACAUGUAUUGUGUUACGCGGGUCUCUACAGACCUCGACGAUGCCAUCGUCACGACGCAGACGGCAGUAGAUCUAGCGGGCGAACUUGGGCCCAGCUCCGCUGAGCUUCUGUAUCAUCUAGGGUUUCGGCUUCAUAGCCGGUUCCAGUUGACCCAGUCCCUCGGUGACCUCGGCCUUGCGAUUUUGGCGCUGCGGGACGCCGUUUCUCACACGCCUGAUGGUGAUCCCAAGCAGUCAUCACGACUGACCUUUCUCGGUACUUGUCUGCACGAACGCUAUAGCCGCACAGGCGACCUCAAGGAUCUUGAUGAUGCUAUCACGAUGUUCUGUGCAGCCGUCGAGUUCACACAGGACAAUGAUCCCUACUGGCCAAUACGUCUGAGUCUCUACGGCACGGCCUUGUUUGCGCGUACAAAGCGCAUAGAUGAUCGUGAGGACGCGCAACGCGCGAUUGAAGUGCUCAGCACUGCCAGCGCUCUCACGCGCGAUGGGGAUCUCAACAAGCCAGCGAUGCUUAGCAACCUGGGCAGUUCGUAUGCAAUGCGUUUUGGACUCACUAGGGACAUCCAGGACCUCGACCGGGCCCUUGCGGCCUAUCGGAGUGCUAUCGCCCUCACGCCGAUUGCGGAUCCAGACUUGCGAUCCCAACUCGACAACCUCGGCAUCUUACUGACGAACCGGUUCGAAAGUUCUGGGGAACCUGAAGACCUCGAGCAGGCUCUUACAGCUUAUCACAAGGCUCUUGAGCUCACGCCUGACGGUGACAUAUACAAGCCAAUACGGCUCGGCAGACUUGCCAGCUCGCUCAUGAAGCGUUUCGAAUGUACUGAGAAUCCGGAUGAUAUCGACCAGGCGAUUUCUGUAUGCCUUCGCGCUGUUAGUCUCGUCGCUCGUUGCAGCCCUGAUGCUCCAAUCCUUUUCAAUCAACUAGGAAUGUUGCUUGAUAUACGCUUCAAGUUUAAGCGUCAAGGAGGAGUAACGGAUGUUGACCAGGCCAUCACGGCCCAUCAGAAUGCUGUCGAACUUACUCCGCAUGGACACAGUUCCGAUAGGUCACUACGACUCAGCACAUUGGGCAACUCAUUCUAUAUGCGCUUCCUCCGCACAGGGGACCCCAAUGAUCUUGAGCGGGCCGUACUGGCUCAUCGUAGCGCGGCGGAGCUCAUGCCAGAGGAAGAUGCCAGGAAGCCAUCAGUACUCAACAAUCUCGGUGUCUCGCUUAGAGCACAGUUCAAACAAAGUGGGGAACUUAAGGGCCUAGAACAGGCCAUAUAUGCAUGGCGCCGCGCGGUUGAGCUUACACCCCCUGACCAUUCUCACAACCGACUGCCCCUUCUUAACGACCUGGGUAACUCGCUGCUCGCGCGCUUCAAGUGUACAGGAGAGCUCAAAGACAUCCAAGAAGCCGUUCAUGCCCAUCGGAGUGCUGUCCAGCUCUCAAAAGAUGCACGCCCCGACGAGCGCUCAAAAUCGCUCAGCAAUCUGGGUAACUCAUUAUUCACCAGCUUUCGGUAUAUUGGUCAGCUUGCGGAGCUUGAGGAGGCUAUUGUAGCUCACCGUGGCGCGGUCGAGGUGAUGCCCGACGCGCAUCCCGACAAGCCAACGUUAUUCAGUAACCUCAGUAACUCGCUCGCUGCACGUUCCGAGCGCACCAGGAAUCCGGAGGAUGCUGAGCAGGCCAUUUUGGCUGCCAGUCGUGCGGUUGAGCUUACACCCCACGACCACCCCGACAAGCCAGGUCGGUUCAAUAACCUGGGCAACUCGUUCUGGGCACGCUAUGAGCAUACGGGAAAGCUUGAAGACAUCGAACAUGCAAUCGCGGCACAUCGCAGUGCGGUCGAGAUUGCGCCGGAUGCAUCGUGUUUAGGCAAUCUGGGAAACUCAUUAAUUGCGCACUUCGAGCGUACCGGGAGGCUCGAGGAUCUCGAGCAGGCUGUUUCUGUGUUUCGACGAGCGGUUGAGCUCACGCCCGACGGAUUUCCAGACAAGCCAUCCCACCUCGGCCACCUGGGAAACUCCUUUGUCAGUCGGUUUGAGCAUGCCGGGAGGUUGGGGGACCUUGAGCAGGCUAUUUCCGUGUUUCGACGAGCGGUUGAGCUCUUGCCUGAUGGGCAUCCAGACAUGCCAUCCCGCCUCGGCCAGCUGGGAAAUUCAUUUAUCAGUCGAUUUGAGCGUACAGGGAGUCAGCAGGAUCUCGAGCACGCCAUUGUGGCUGACCGCCACGCCGUCGAGCUGACACUGGAUGAACAUCCUAAGAAGCCAUCGCAUUUGGGAAACCUUGCUCGUUCGUUCAUUAGACGAUUUGAGCGUAAUGGGAUCCUUGAAGACCUUGAGCAGGCUAUCUCUCUGUUUCGGAGGGCAGUCGAAUUGACCCCCGAGGAUCAUCCCGACGUAGCGGCCAGGUUGGAUAACUUGGGAUACUCGUUGUCUGUACGUUUUGACAGGACAGGAGACCUCAAAGAUCUUGAGAAUGCUAUCUUGUCACAGCGCCAUGCAGCUCAGCUCAGGCCGGGCGGUCUUGGGAGGUCCGGAAUGCUUAACCUUGGCAAUUCACUUCUUAGACGGUUUCAGAGGACUAAUGAUAUCGAGAGUCUGGAGGAUGCUAUUAUUCUGUACCGGAAUGCCGUCGAACUGAUGACUGACGAUCACCCCGACAAACCCAUGUACUUGCGCCAACUCUGCCAUGGGUUGAGGCUCCGAUUUGAUCUUUCUCGCGAACCUGCUGACCUCGCAUCUGCUAUCACAGCAAUACAUCUGGCUACGGAGCUCACCCCCAAAGACCAUCCGAGUCUACAUCUAUAUCACGAUGCCCUCGCUCGUUGUCUGACAAGCCGCUUUGGCCAUCUGGGAGACAUCAAGGACAUCACGGAUGCGAUUGCUCUUCACACAAGUGCAACAACACUUAUACCUCAAGACGAUCCUCAGCUCGCCUUGCAAUUUGAUGUACUUGGUUGCGCCCAGAAAGAACUUUUCGACCAUACUCAAGCUCAGCCCGACUUCGAUAUAGUCGUCGAGUCUCUCACAAAGGCUACGCUACACCCUUUUAGGAGUCCUCCUCACCGUCUGGAAGCGGCUGAAAGAUGUAUUUGGAUGCUAAUCCACAAUGCAUCAUUUAGUACCACAGAGUCCCUCCUCUUGGCACAUUCCCGGGCCAUUGCUAUUCUCCCGGAGAUCAUUUGGCUAGGGUAUGAUCUUCAUCGGCGUCUUGAAGAGUCGUCCCGGUUGGGCAAAUUUGUUAAUGAAGCGGUGUGUACUGCCGUGGCCGCUAGCGCGACUGAGCAGGCCGUGGAGUGGCUUGAAGCAGGCAGGGCCCUCAUCUGGACCCAGAUCGUAUCUCUACGCACACCGCUCGAUGAGCUGAACGAGAUCUACCCCCAUCUCGCCGAAUCUCUGCGCAAUAUCCAGAAGCGGCUGCAACUAUCGGCUCACGACGCCUUUGCUCAGGAUAACCAUCCUUUCAGCAGUGUUCCAGGGCUCACGACCAACCCCGCAGCUGACAGUCAUCGUCGGAGCGCCAUUGAUUACGAUGAUAUUCUAAAACAGAUUCGUGGUUUCCCGGAAUUCGAAGACUUCCUGCUCCCGAAAAAGUUCAGUUCCCUCGUCUUUCCAUUAGAUAUCCAGAAUGGGCCUAUCGUCUUCAUUACUGUUCAUCCAGAUCGCUGUGAUGCGAUAGUACUCACCGGUGGUGGCGCGGUCGCGGUGGUCCCGCUCCCCGAGUUGACGUUUGUCGGUGCGCACUUGAUGCAGCUUCUCUGGGCGAAAGGACUCGCCGGCUUCCGAAUCCGGAGAUCUGGUAUCAAGCUGAAUGAACUUCCCAAUGAGUGUGACCUCGUGUGGGUACCGGACUUCGAAGUCGACCCUCACCGGCAUACUGCCCUAGUAGUUGACGACGACGAGCUGAACAUCUGCGCGCAUGUUAUGGAGUGCGCCUGGGAGUGGAUCGUUGGUCCCAUAUUACGCGCUCUUGACCUCGCAAGUCUGAAACACGACGACAUCGCGCCCCAUAUCACUUGGUGCCCGACCGGACCGCUCACGCAAGUUCCUCUUCACGCUGCUGGGAAGUACAGCGACCCCGACGGCCCGCGCGCAUUCGACCUCGUCGUGUCGUCGUACACUCCCUCCCUCACGGCAUUGAAGCGGUGUGCUGAGGGGGUUGCAAAGCAGCAGGGCGACACGUCGUUGCUCCUCGUCACUCAACCGAAUACGCCCGGGCUUUCUCCGCUUCCCGGUACCAAAGCCGAAACCCUCGUCCUUCAAAGCGCCUUAAAAGAUGCUGGUGUUACAGUUGGCGCUCUCGACCAUGCGAGAGCGACAGUGAUGGCCGUCCGGGAUGGGAUGAAGCAGCACACCUGGGUGCACCUUGCCUGCCACGGGUCGCAGAACCGGAAGGAUGCGACGCAGAGCGCGUUCCAUCUCUACAACGGCCCGUUGACCCUCGCGGACCUCAUGGGGACCGCCGCCGACAACGCGGAGCUCGCGUUCCUGUCGGCUUGUCAAACUGCGGUUGGAGAUGCGGAGACGCCAGAGGAGUCGGCGCACCUUGCGGCUGGGAUGCUCGCGGUCGGGUACAAGGGCGUCGUCGCGACCAUGUGGUCGAUCAUUGACGCGGACGCGCCCGUUGUGGUCGAUGCGUACUACAAGGAGUUGCUGGCUGUGAGAGGUUCGGGGAAGCUUGGGAAAGGGGAGACGGGCGCGGCGUAUGCGCUGCAUGAGGCGACGAGGGUUCUGCGGGAGAAGGUGGGAGAGAAGAACUUUCUGCGAUGGGUUCCGUUUGUGCAUUUCGGUGUUUGA